UGUUCCCAGCAGUUGAUUACAAUACGUCGACAUUGUCGGUCUCAUAAACAACAGAUUGUUUCAUAAGUGGUUCGUUCUGAGAAAUAUUUUCUUAAAAAUUGUGUUAAUAAAAUCGAAGUAAAAAUGUCUCCUACUUACAAGUUGUACUAUUUUAAUAUCAGAGCAUUAGCCGAACCUAUUCGGUAUGCGUUAGCCUAUGGUGGCAUAACAUAUGAAGAUGUUCGAGUGGAAAGAGAAGAUUGGCCGAAACUGAAGCCGACAAUGCCAAUGGGACAAAUGCCAGUCCUAGAGGUAGAUGGCAAACGAGUGCAUCAGAGCAUUGCAAUUUUGAGAUAUGUGGCCAAGAUUGUUGGUUUAGCCGGUGCGGACGAUUGGGAAAAUCUACAAAUCGACAGUGCUGUUGAUACAAUCAAUGAUUUGCGGCAAAAAAUGGCUGCCGUUCAUUUCGAAGCUGACGAGGCUGUUAAACUAAAGAAAAGGGAAACACUCCUUAACGAAACGGUUCCAUUUUAUCUGGGUAAACUGGAGGAGCUUGCUGUGAAUAACAAUGGUCAUUUGGCAGCGUCGAAGUUAACCUGGGCUGAUCUAUUCUUCGCUUCACUGUUGGAACUGUUCAAAAUUUGGACUGGACCGGACGUUUUAGCCAAAUACCCGAACUUGGCUAAGACAGCCGAAAAUGUUUACAAUCUGGAUUCUAUUAAGGAUUGGAUCAAAAGACGACCAGUUACUGAGAUGUAAACGAGGAAAAAAUAAAUUUAAUUUAAAUUCA